UAAUGUAUUUAUCAUAUGAGGAGUACGUAUAUAAACCAUACGUUAGUAAUACACGUCAUGAGUGAAUUGCCGAUUUAAUUGCUAGUGUCACGACAUAAAUUAGAUCAAGGGUUAAAAACCAUGUAAGAUUCUUGCAAAGUCACUUUCUACUUUCACCGAGGCACGUUCUGCAAUGAUUUAAGAAAAGUCAGUGUACUGUAGUUUCUACCUGGUGCAUGUUGAUGCUCGUUUAAAACCGAGAAGGUUAAUUGUUUAAUGAGUAUCAUGUUGGAUAAUUCUACUGCCAUUCGACGUCCAAAGGAUCAGGCUUCUACCAAUGGAGCUCAAAAGGGUGGGGAAAAAGGAACAUCCACUUCAGCAGUGGAAGAUAGUUCAAGUUAUUCCAAAAAUAUCUCAGAUGCGGAUCAUCUAACACUCUGGCAGCAUCCAAUUAUAACAUUGCAUUAUUUCUUUAACGAAGUGUUCAUUCAUUUGAUUAGUUUAGCAAAGAAGACAUUGCUGUACAAACGGACAGUAUGCGCUUUAAUUUCAGUUGUAAUGCUCUUUCUUGCGAUGAGCAGAAUUUCUGGUCCUCAACAAGAGAUUUUUAAAUUAUGGGAAGCCAAGAUUAUGUGGUGGCUAUAUUGGGUAGGACUAGGUGUAUUAUCAAGUGUAGGCCUUGGGACAGGUUUACAUACUUUUGUGUUAUACUUAGGGCCACAUAUUGCAGCUGUUACUAUGGCAGCGUACGAAUGUGGCGGCCUGAACUUCCUCGAACCACCAUAUCCCGACCAAAUAGUAUGUCCAAGCAAAGUUGACCCAAUGUGGACGGCGGGCAUAUUGAAUAUAAUGAGUAAAGUGCGCGUAGAGGCAAUGUUGUGGGGAGCUGGUACCGCGCUUGGCGAGUUACCGCCGUAUUUUAUGGCCAGAGCUGCCAGGACGAGCGGGCAAAGUAGCAAAAGUGAGAAUUUCGAUCAGGAAGACCUGAAAGAACUAGAGGCUUUGGAAGCACUGGAGAAUGGGGAGAACGUACCAUUUGUGAUGCGUAUCAAGUUGACGAUGAAGCGAUUUGUUGAGAAAGCUGGAUUCUGGGGUAUACUGGCUUGUGCAUCGAUUCCGAAUCCGCUGUUCGACUUGGCUGGUCUGACAUGCGGACAUUACCUCAUUCCAUUCUGGACAUUCUUUGGCGCCACGUUAAUAGGGAAGGCUGUUAUUAAAAUGCACAUACAACAAUUAGCAGUAAUCAUAGCCUUCAAUGAAGAACUUUUAGAUAAAUUUAUUAGUUUAUUAGCGGUAGUGCCGUUUGUCGGUACGAAAUUCCAGGAACCAUUGAAGAAAUAUCUCAUUGAACAGAAACAGAAGCUGCACGAUAAGUCGUCUGCGGACGGAACGACUACAAUAUCAUGGUUGUUCGACAAAUUUGUAAUGUUGAUGGUCUGUUACUUUUUAGUGACGAUUAUCCACGCAUUAGCACGAAAUCAUCAUCGUAGACGAACUAAACCAUCCAUCGAUUAGAAUCCAUGGGAUAUAGAAUAAUUAGUUAGCAAUAUAAAAUAAGUUCCGCCGCAACAUAUAAGUGAAUAUACGAUACUUGUUUUCACUGCGGGACAAACGCGGCAUUAGGAAUAUAAGGGACGUGUUGAGAAAUUUUUCAUUUCUAUGGUUUCAAUGUUGCAUUAUAAAUAUAAUAUACACAAUAGCGGAAUAUUAAAAAAGUUAUUCCCUUUUUCUUUUGUUUUUUUUUUUGGUUUUCGUUUUUGUUUUCCUCUUCUCUUCUUUUUGAUGCUCGCUUUCACUUCUGUUGCAGUAUUCUAUAUAAAUGUUGCAAGGAUGUUCCUGCUAUGCAGGUGACUUACAUGUAUAUAGACUGAUGUCUUUUAUAACACAAAGUUUAUGUACAGUGCAUGAAAUAAAUAAGCGGCAUAUUCUGCAACACCUGUGCACGAUCGGUUGAUAUGCUUCUGUAUGUUAUAUAUAUCGAUGACUAUCAGGGAUUGAAUUUAGAGUAUUUUGCGAUAAGCGAUAAGAAUAUUCUGUAUUCAAUAAAAUUUAAUUUCCAGAAAA